CCAGGCGCGUUCCUGCACGGGCGCUGCUGGUACCUGUCCGACGCUGGCGCCUCCUGCGCAGGCGUUUGCGCCGCCCACGGCCUGCAGUUCGCCUGGUACGCAGCGCCGCGGGAGAGGCCGGCCCUGGGGCGGCUGCUGGGGCGCGGCCGCGGGGAGGAGCGGCACUCGUGGGCAGCGCUGGAGUGCCACGUGCCUGGAGCGGCGCUGUACUACACUGCCUCGCGAACGCCCGGCUGCCCUGGCUGGAGCGACCCCGAGGGCUGGAGCUCCCCGCAGUGCCGCCUGGCCUGCCCCUGCGGGCCGCCGCGGCCCGCCGCGGGCUCCCCGCCGCGCUGCGGCGCGUGGGCGGCCGCCGCCGCGGCCACGGGACGCCGCUGUGAGCCCGCCACGCCGACCGAGGACUGCCGCGGCCCCCGGACGGCCAUCUGCUGAG